AAGGUCAAAGUUGAGGGUGGUAAAGUUUAUGUGACCACUGAUAAAAAGAAACGGAAAAAGCGUGUUAAGAAAAUGAGCGGUAGAGUGCCUGGAGUAAGUCACACGGUUGUUCUGAUUGGAGGAGGUCCAGCUUCACUGCAGUGUGCAGAAACCCUUCGCCAGAAUGAUUAUGAAGGGAGAAUUAUAAUGGUUACCAAAGAUGAGCAGCUUCCUUUGGAUAAGACCAAGCUUAGCAAGGCAAUGAACAUUGAAAUUGAAAAGGUGCUGCUACGACAGAAUGAUUUCCUUCAAGAGCAUGGAAUUGAUGUGUGGACUAAAAAAGAGGUAAAAUCUGUUGACACAGAGGCUAAAACUCUGACUUUCAGUGAUGGCACCAACCAACACUAUGACCAGCUCCUGAUUUCUACAGGUGGCAGGACCAGACCUCUGCAGUGCCCUGGUGCUGAACUUGAAAAUGUGAAAUUGCUGGAGAGCUAAAAGGACGCCACAGAAAUUCAUAAAAUGAGUGCCGGCAACAAGGCCAUCAUCGUUGGAACUUCAUUCAUAGGAAUGGAAGUAGCAGCUUAUCUGUCUGACAAGGCAGACAGCGUCACUGUUAUUGGCAGCAGUAAGUUUCCUUUCCAGUCAUCACUGGGUCCAGAUAUCGGAAAAAUGACAAUGCAGAUGCUGAAAGAGAAAAACGUGAAGUUCUAUACAAGUAAUGGUGUGGCUGAAAUCCGGGGUGAAAACGGAAAGGUUAAGGAAGUUGUUCUGAAAAAUGGUGAAGUCCUUCCAGCGGAUAUUGUAAUUGUGGGCAUUGGUGUCAUUCCCAACUCUAAUUUCCUUAAGGAAACAUCUGUGGAAAUUGAUUCACGCAGUGCUGUUGUUGUUGACAAGUUCAUGAAAACCAACAUUCCUGAUGUCUUUGCUGCUGGAGAUGUGGUGUCCUUUCCACUUCCUUUGGUUGGCCAUAAGAGAGUCAAUAUUGGACACUGGCAAUUGGCGCAAGCUCACGGAAGAAUCGCAGGCUUAAGCAUGCUGAAUCAACAGGUUGUGAUAAAUACUGUGCCAUACUUCUGGACCAUGCUGUUGGGAAAAAGUAUCCGAUAUACAGGCUAUGGGGAAGGAUACACUGACAUUAUUUUCAAAGGAAGCACCGAGGAAAGAAAAUUCUUGGCAUUUUAUAUCAAAGAUGAAGAAGUUGUUGCAGCUGCCAGCUUGAACUUUGACCCUGCUGUCGCAAGGUUGGCAGAAAUGUUAUUGAUGGGGAAGAGGAUCACUAAGGGUCAGGCACAAUCUGAUGACCUCAGCUGGUUGCAGCUCCCAUGAAAGUGCUUUGGCAACACUUACCUCAAUGACUGUAUUGAUUACAGAUUGUCCAUCUGUCAUUAUAUUUGACUGACUGACCUAUAGCUUAUCUUCAGUAACAAAAACAGAUUGGUACUGUGUUUUAUCUUCAAUAUAAUCUUUU